CCUGCUCCGUACACGACGUUGUUAUCGUAUCGGUAUCAAUCGUUUAAUUAUUAAUUUAGACUAAUUUAACAUAACGCUGAAUUAAUUACGCUUAGUGCUGAAUUGAUACGUAACAUUUUGGCUUGUUUCCAGUCUUUUCUUGUGUUUUUUUUUGCCUUCGUCAGCCUUUUGUAUGUGCCUACCUGCCUUCGGUGCAGUUGUUGGCCAUUAUGAACUACUGCAUGCCUGACAUGUAUGAGAUGCCUCAUGGCGUGGGCGGUGGCUACCCGAUGCAGGGCGGUGGGGAAUACUGCAUGUAUGGAGGUGAUGGUCCCGGGGGAUACUGUGAGCCCCAGCCCAUGCACCCCAUCCACCCUCCCUGCAUGGAGCAGGCUUGGCCCCCCAACCAGCCGUACGCCUGCUCCUACCCAGGACCCAACCCUGUGUUCAAAAGUGAAUACUGCAACAUGGAAGUGCCUCUCGGCCAUUACCACCACCAGCCUGACUACUAUUCUGAGGGGAAGCCUGACUUCUCCCACAUGCAGUGGAUGCAAGAGGUCAACAAGAAAGGGUACAUCCCCAGUUACCUGGACAAGGACGAGUUAUGUGUAGUAUGUGGGGACAAAGCUACAGGAUAUCACUAUCGCUGUAUCACCUGUGAAGGUUGCAAGGGUUUCUUCCGGCGGACGAUCCAGAAGAACCUGAACCCGACGUACGCGUGUAAGUACGAGGCGAAGUGCAUUAUCGAUAAGGUGACCAGGAACCAGUGCCAGGAAUGUCGCUUCAAGAAGUGCAUCGCUGUCGGCAUGGCAACAGACUUGGUGCUGGACGAUAGCAAGCGGCUCGCCAAGCGGAAGUUGAUUGAGGAGAACCGUGAGCGGCGGCGGAAGGAUGAGCUCCAGAAGACGGUGUGGGACCGGCCUGAGCCGUCCCAGGAGGAGUGGGACCUGAUUCGCAUGGUCACAGAGGCCCACAUGUCAACUAACGCCCAGGGCAACCACUGGAAACAGAAACGCAAGUUCUUGGUCGAGGAAGCAAUGCUACUUAAUGAAAUAACAUGUAAUUUAUUCUAUACUUCUGACCAGAGUGCAGUGGGGGUGAAGGAAACCAAGCCCGAGGACAUUGGUCAAGCAUCGGUCAUAAAUGCACCUGAAGGGAGCAAAGUGGACAUUGAAGCCUUCAGUCAGUUUACAAAAAUUAUCACCCCCGCCAUUACCCGAGUGGUGGACUUUGCCAAAAAGCUGCCUAUGUUCUGUGAGCUGCCUUGUGAAGACCAGAUUAUCCUAUUGAAAGGCUGCUGCAUGGAGAUCAUGUCUUUACGGGCAGCCGUUCGCUACGACCCCGAGAGCGAGACGCUGACUCUUAACGGGGAGAUGGCCGUGACCCGCGGCCAGCUGAAGAACGGAGGCCUGGGUGUAGUGUCGGACGCCAUCUUUGAUUUGGGCGUGUCCCUGUCGUCGUUCCACCUGGACGACUCUGAGGUUGCUCUGCUACAGGCCGUCAUCCUCCUGUCCUCCGACCGUCCGGGGCUGACCAGCGUGGAGCGUAUUGAGCGCUGUCAGGAGGAGUUCCUUCUGGCCUUUGAACAUUACAUCAACUACCGCAAACACAAGGUGGCGCAAUUCUGGCCCAAGCUGCUGAUGAAGGUGACAGACCUGCGGAUGAUUGGGGCAUGCCACGCCUCCCGCUUCCUGCAUAUGAAGGUGGAGUGCCCCAACGAACUCUUCCCCCCACUCUUCCUGGAGGUCUUUGAGGAUUGACGGACAGACGGAGGGACAGACGGGCACACACACCCUGCUGAGGUGUGUGUCGGAGUGUGCGUGUGCGUGGGCGCUCUAGGCGUCUUGGGACACGUUGUUGGAACUCUCAUUAGCACUACUGAGUCACUUCAUUCCAUAGCUUAGGUGUAGCCUAGCUUCUCUGCCUAGUUCUUAUGGAUGGAACCAUCCCUUACAAUGCGGGUACAUGUGAAUAGCAUUUUCUUUGGGGUUGUCUUUUGUAAAUGUUUCACUUCUUCUCAGUUACUUCUCUAUAGGUUUUUUGUGUUAAUUGUACAGUCAGUCUGCUUUUUGGUGAUUAUGUCUAGUUGCUAUCGUCGACAGUGCUCGUUCAGUCAGUCAUACGAACCAUGCAACGUGUAGUGUUUCAUUUUAGUCCAUUUUAAUACAGAGUGCUGACUCCACCAACCCUGAGAAGGUCAGUACUGUACAAGACAGUGACAGACAGCAGAAGCCAGUUAACCUGCAUUAUUCCCUUCCUUUUCGUAUUCUCUUCCUACGAUACUUCCCCAGUCAAGGGAUGUGGAGUAGCUUUCAUACAGGUGUCCCUCUGGUGCUGGUGUUCUGUGAGAGCUAUAUCUAUACAUGCUCAGUGCUGCCAUUCUGCAACAUUCAAAUACACUCUUACUGUACUCACAUCCUUCACACCAUAGAAAUAGAAAUAGUAAAACAGGCAUUCCCAUUCAAUCAAUUUUCUGUAAUGAUAUGGGUGGACCUGCAGCUAUUCUUGUUCUAAUUCAAUUUCUAUGAUUCACACCACAAGCUCCCACCUGAGUAGACCCAGUCACAUUUCUAAACAAUGGCAAGGCACAACACUAAACAACUCAUCCACGAGAAACAGCUAGCUAAAAGACGUCUUGUUUCUCCCCUUCUCCAUUAAACCUAAAUGAUCAGGACAGAUAUAAAAGCACACUUUGAAAUGAAGUCAGGAAAAAGACUAAAGCCGUUCUAUAACUAUCUAUUUUUUUUGAAUGAUGCCACUCAUGCAGUGCCAAAAAAAUUUGGGAAUUCAUCCAACCAUAUUGGAUUUGGUUUCCCAGCAACCAGGAUGCAUGUUCUAACCUGACCUGAUUGGCUAUCAGUGACUUCUUUUAGAACCUAGAACAUGCUUCUAGAACAUGGACAGACCAGACGGACAGACAGACACUGUGAGCUGUGAUGCAGGCAGAACCUGAUGACUCACAAAAUCCCAUGGGAACUAUUGAAUUAUUGAUGUUCAUGCAUUAUAUUAUAUUCUCAACAUGUGAGUUACUGUAAGUGAUGAUGGUGAUGAUGCACCCUCCUAUAAGGACUGGUUGGUUCUAUGAUACUUGCUAAUUGGCUGAUUUAUGCCUGUAUGAAUGACAUGUGGGCGUAGUCAGGGGGUCAAACCCCUCCUAUGUUGACCACAGUCAGUGGAAUUCUGUAUUCUGAGGCAGAGGAGAGAAUCGUUGCCACUAGGGGUGUAACGGUACACGUAUUCGUACCGAACCGGUACGGGGACGUCGGUUCGGUCCGCACUGUGAACCCAAAUGAAUAUAUUUUUUAAAUUAUUUUACUAAAUUAAACACUAGGCCUAUAGGCUAUGCCAUAAACUGCAUUGUAUGCCUCUUGAGUAAAUAUGAGCUGAAAAAACAUUUCAGGCUAUUCCGCUAAAACAACUAGAACCUAUGUGCACCUUGUAAUCAACAUUGAAAUCUUAAUUGGUGCAUUUCAAACUGUCCUUUUGUGAGGCACAGCCGGGAACUAGUUCUAUUCGAUGGUGAGUGGUGGGGUCGGUAAACCAGAAGGAUUCUCCAUCAUCGUUUAAAUCUCCAGUUUGGGAACGUUUUGGAUUCCCAGUAGAUUAAAACGUCAAUGGACAGAGAGAGUAUGUCGCCACUGCUCAACGAGAAUAGCCUAUGCAGCUGCCAACACCUCAAACAGGUUGACACAUUUAAGCCGACUUCACCCCAGUAUUCCUACCACCAGAGCAAGAUGGAAACGCAAAAAAACAUCAACACAACUUCGUCUCCCCUCUGUAUUCAAGCAGCCCUUUGCAGCUGAUACUGACCGGGCCACAGAAAUUACAAGAGCGAUAGGUUUGUUUAUAGCCGCGGAUAUGCACCCAUUCUCGGUGGUUGAGAAUAAGGUGUUUCAGCACCUCGUAAAAGUGCUCGAUCCACGUCACGAAAUUCUCCCUCUCGCACCCAGGUAGUACCCACUUUAUAUAAGCAAGCUAAAACCGAAGGUGGCAAUGAAUUGGCCAAAAAUGAGUACCCUGCUACAGACACGCCCCCUUUAGGAGAGUCACACAAGUGCGCAUCUUUUUCUCUUUGUAAGAAAACACUAUAGCAUAGUCCUAUAUACAAUGUCUGAGCCAUGUUUGCAUAUUGAUUUCACACGCAUAUUGCACUUUAUUUUAGUGUUGUUGUUGAUGAGUAAUCGGGUGUUUUCAUUUAAGAAAAUACAAAGUGUUGUUAUUCCUGAUAGUGCUCUGAUCGGGCGUUAUAUUACUCAUGAUCAUAUAUGGAUUCAGGAAUACCAACACUUUGUAUUUUCUUAAAUAAACAAAAAUUAACUACAGUAACUGUUGGCAUUUCAUUUUCCCGCUGUACCAAAACCGAACCGUGAUCCCAAAACCACAAUAUGAACCAAAUCCUUAUCACAGAACCGUGGUGAACCAUUACACCCCUAGCUGCCACAUGAAUUUAAUAAAAAAUAAAAAUAAUAAAAGAUACAGAGAAAAAGGUACAGAGAAAAAGCUGAUGAGAUUGAAAAACUCUUCAGCUUUUGCUCAAUUUUCCUCUUUAUUUUGAUUGUACAUAUAUAUAAAAAAAAUGAUAUUGUGGUUUGUUUGCAACUGCAAAAACAAUGUACGCUUUGCGUAAAAAUACAUGUAUUACUAUUCAAGCUUCACACUACUCCUCAAAGCAGCUUGUGUUUUCUCUGUAAAUGUGAUGCCUUUCAUAAAGCAAUAGACUUUG